UUAUCUCCAGCCUGUAAGCUACAGAAAAGGCCACAUUCUCUUUCUACCAUAUUUAUAUAGCUAAUGUGCAGUCUCCCUAUCCUGGUGCACUGCACAAGUAGCGAGGUAACUGUUGUAGCUCCAUCUAGCCAAGACGUCUGGUACAUUACCCUGAGAAAUCGCGGGCAUUAGCGCGUGACCAUCUGACUGGCGAGGUAGCUAGCCAGAACCAGGUAUUUAGUUACAUUGGAACAGCAACCACAGAUUCUUUGAGUGGACACUGAAAUAAGAUGAGAAGAUAUGAAAUGCAGCAGGCCAGACCUACUGCAGGCUGCCUCUCUGUGCCUCUGUUUACCCAGAAGAAAAGGAGCAGGCUGCCUUUGACAUCCAAUCCCUCCGAGAAUGAAUUCUGCUCCAGCAAUGAAUACAUGUCCACACACAGCUCAGCUUCUACCAACAACAUAUCUGGUAACACAGAAUAUUUCCAAGAUCAAGACCCAAGCUGUCCUGCACCUGCUGCUCAGAACAGUCAGUGGAACAGACAAGGCAACCAGCAUCAGUCUCAACCACAGUUUCAGUAUCCAAACAGUCGACUUGCACCUGAACCCGUGGGGAGAAACUUUGCACCUCUACCACACCCAUAUAAAGCUGUGAAUACAAGUCUGCAGAUGGGACAGCAACAGCCACCAGUGAGGCAGGACUCCAGAGCCCCGAUAAACCCCAGACAGAGCAACUACAACGGCCCUUGCAUAAGUGGGAACACACAGAGCAAGCCAGUACCCCCAAGUAGCUACUCUCACAUGGGUCAGCAGCAGCAGUCUGGCUACAGACAGGGACAGGCCAACCCACCAGAGCCUCCUCUCUACUCCCAGCAGUCUACACCCAUUACCACAACAAGCAGACCACCUCCUGGCCCUCCAAGCAGACCAACUCAUGGCCCUUCAAGCAGACCAACUCAUGGCCCUUCAAGCAGACCAACUCCUGGCCCUUCAAGCAGAUCAACUCCUGGUCCUGGACCACCGCAGCAGAAGCAGAACACAUCCUGGAAGUUUAAAAUGACCACCAACACUGGGCUACAAAAACAGCUGAUGGACAGUAGAGACUUAUAUCAAACUCAAAAUACCUCUCAGUCUCAGGUACAACAUACACCACCUGUGUUCCAGAUCAAACCAGCAAUUGAGAACUCUUUGAGGAUCCUGACUGCUGUCAUUGAUGGCAUGAGACACUGGAGCCAGUUCAAGGACAGAGCUCCAUACCUAUUUGAGAUUUUCGCUACUCUUGACUCUGCAGUCACCGCCGGGUCUCAUGGAGCUAAGAACUUCCUCAUGAGAGAUGGGAAAGAGGUGGUGCAGUGUGUCUUCUAUGAAAAUGAGCUGGACAUUCCCAGGCUGAUCCGAGGCCAGGUGCACCGCUGUGUGGGAAACUACGACCGCACCAGGGACACACUCACCUGCAUGUCUGUCAGGGCUGCCCUGCACUCAGAGCAGAGGAAUGCACAGGAGUCUGUCAAAGCAUCGGACGCUGAGAUGAGGGGCCUGGUGAAAUCACUCAGUGAAGUCUGAUCAGAGGCACAGAAACACGUAAAGGGCAAUUCAAGGGCAAUACAAUUGUUUUUGCCCAUGGCCCCUUGUGAGUACCACUAUAUGGCAAGUGUUCUCCUUUUCAUUAGAAACUGCGGGAUCCUAUAUGGCAAGAAUUGUCAUCUUUAUUAGAAACUGAAGGAUCCUAUAUAAAGUCCUGCUGUAUAUACAGUGCCUUCGAAAAGUAUUCAGACCCCUUGACCUUUUCCAAAUGUUGUUACGUUCGCCUUAU